CUCCUGCAGCAGGCACAAGCACACCAAAGCCUUCGCAUUCGCAUCCCCCCCAGCGGCGGAAGGAAGGGAGCCGAACGAGCAAGCCACCGGGGAAGGUUGCUAGGGCCGGAGCAGUAUGGGGUUCAUGCUGCGGGUCAGGCUGGCCUCCUUCUUCGCCGGCGCGGCGGCCGCCGCCGCGAGCGGGGGCUACUUCCUCUACAAGGACUACAAGCUCGCCAGCGACUCCAUGGCCCUCAAGGUGAAAGGUGUCCAAGAUUCUAUAGACACUCGCUACAAGGCCCUUGAAAAGAGACUCGCUGCUUUGGAAGGUCAGCAAAGCACUGGGGCUGCACCGGAUGUGGAUACACCAUCUGAUUAGUCUGUUCACUACGAGGCUUGGACACCUAUGAUUUACGGCUGUUUUCGUCAUCCUCACUUGUCUUCUCCUUUGAAAUCAAGAGGCCUGACUGACAACAAAAUAAGCUAGAAUACUUCUUUUGUACUGCAAAUGUCUGAGGCUGAGAUUUUCCCGUACAUUCUGCCUGUGUUUCAUGCCAUAAAAGCACAUGAUCAGAACUCUGAUUGCUCAGGCAUACUUAGCGUGGACCCAACCCAAUUUGAGACAACGUUGCAAUGAUUUUUGCCGCACCA